AUGCCGAGAUGCGCGCUCAGCUGGGACAGGCUGCGAGACCCGGACCUGCCCCACAGCCUCCCCCGAACACGCGCAGCCGCCCCGCUCCGGCUGCAGCCCGGAGCCCGCGCCUCCCUUGCCCCGCGCCGGCUGCGCUGGGGACAGAGGCCGCCCGCCGCACCCGCGAAGCGCUCCCGGCCCGGCCCGCAGAACUGCCCGCCGAGCCCGCGCCCCCCUCUCGGCGGGCUGCCGGACGGGGACGGGGACGGGGCGGGCGCCCCGGCAGCUUCUCUCAGGGCGCGCCCACUGCGAGGCGUCCCGGAGGCGGAGACUGGCGGGGGUGGGGGGCGAAGCAGCCGCGGCCCUCCGGCCUGGCGCUCCUCCCCGCCGCCGCCGCCGCCGCCGCUGCCGCGCCUCUUGCCACAUUCCCCGCGGAGUGAGCUCAGCCGCCUCGCUCGCUCGCUCCUUUUAUGGUCACACGGCGCGGGCAGGGCGAGGCCGUCUCCGCUCUCCCCUCGGCGGGCCGCGGGCUUUAAAAAAAGCGCCGCUCGCCUCGCCGCGCUCCCGGCCAGCGCAGAGACGCGCGCGGCGGAGCCAGCAACAGGCGGGCGGGCGGAGCCCUCCGUCACUCCCUCGCUCAGUCCGGCCGGCCUCGGGGAGGAGGAGGAGGAGGAGGCGCCUCGGGAGCGCUCGGCGAGAGGCUGCGCCCCAGCGGGGAGCCCACAGCCGCGCCGCCGCCGGCAGUUCUUGGAGCUUCGCCCGAAGCGGAUGUUUUGUUUCAAAGGCUGGUUGCCCGUCUCCCGCAGCGACUCUGAGCAGGCGAGAGGGAGAAGAGAAGCCACUGCAGCCGCCGGCGGAGGAGGCUGA